GGGGGCCUUUUUAACGGCGCACCCGGAAGGCGGGGCCUGCAGGACAAGAUGGAGUACCUGCAGGUCCUGAAGCGCGGACUGCAGCAGGUCAGCGGCCACGGCGGCCUCCGGGGCUAUCUACGAAUGCUCUUCAGGGCAAAUGAUGUGAGGGUUGGUACAUUAGUUGGGGAAGACAAAUAUGGAAACAAAUACUAUGAAGACAACAAGCAGUUUUUUGGCCGUCACCGAUGGGUUAUAUAUACUACUGAAAUGAAUGGCAAAAACACAUACUGGGAUGUGGAUGGAAGCAUGGUGCCCCCUGAAUGGCACCGUUGGCUUCACUGUAUGACCGAUGAUCCUCCAACAGUGAAACCACCUACUGCUCGUAAAUUCAUUUGGACAAACCAUAAAUUCAACCUGAGUGGCACACCACAGCAGUAUGUACCGUAUUCCACCACUAGAAAGAAGAUUCAGGAGUGGGUCCCACCUUCAACACCUUACAAGUGAAGACAAUGAAAAAUAAUUUAAAUGUGUAAAAUAUGGACUUUUCAUGUAAUUGCACUUUUAUUGCUGGUAACGUAAUUAAAAUUAUUUGAUUAAA